GUUCUCAGCCAUGAUGUCCAAGGCACAUUCCUCUAUGUUCCCUGUGAAAAUGGUCAAUGACAAAGACAGCCUGGAGUUCAUAAACAGCUCCUCUUCCUUCGUUGAAGACAAAAAGAAACCAAAGAAAAGCAAAGGGAAUGUGACUAUAUCUGACUCCUCAAGUAACCCUUUCCACAUGUCAGGGGAUGUGGAUUUCUUCUUGUUCAGAGAGCAGGAGCGGGAUAAAGCCAUUGUAGAACGUGAACAAAAAAAGAUGCUGAGGGUGCACCAGAAGAUGACCUACUCAUCCAAGGUGUCCGCCAAGCACAUUAGCCUGCGCCGGGAGCUGCAGCUAGAAGCGGAGAUGGAGGACCAGGAGCUGAUUGCUGAGUCUCGGCAGCUGCAUGCCUUCCGCAACAACACUGCCUGGAAGCUGGCCAUGACCCAAGAAAGGAAGGGGAUGCCUGAAACUUUGAAUGACUACUUGGAACAGAAGCGAAACAUGUUCCUCCUCCAGUAUGCUCUGUCAAUGAAGCGCAAUGAAAUCCAGCGGCUAGAAAUGCUGGCGACCCGGGAGGAGAACAGGCUGGAGAGGGCAGAGAAGUUCCUGGAGAAGGACGCAAGCUUGUUUGAUGAAUUCCUCAGGGAGAAUGACCGCAGCUCAGUGCAGGCCAUGAGACUGGCUGAGAAAGAGACCAAGAUCAAGGUGGAGAAGAUCAUUGAGAUCCGGGAACUCACGGCCCAGAUCAUGACGAUUAAAAGUGAAAUCUCCAAAUUCGAAGACACUUUGCAACAUUACAAGAUCUACAAGGAUUUCUUGUACAAGCUGUCACCCAAGGAGUGGUUGGAAGAACAAGAGGAGAAGCGCCUGGCUCUCAAAAAGGCCAAGGAGCCUGGGGAGUUUGUCAAGGACACCAGCACGGCCACCUUAUUAGGGGACAAAGGGUCUGGCAUCAAGAGCAAGACAGCCUUGCUGUGGAAAGAGGUUCAGAGCUUGAAGAAGCCCUCAAAAGUGAUACGGUCUGGGCACGUCCCAUCCAGCACUCAGAACUUCCCGAAUUUCAGCCAGCCCAGCCAGCCCAGCCUGUACAGUGAACUGGACUCCCGACUGUCAAGCUCUACGCUGCCAUCACAAGACGACACUGACAGCGAUGGGGAGGAGCUGGCACUGUACUUCACUGAGCCCCAGCAGCUCCUGGACGUCUUCACACAGCUGGAGGAACAGAACCUGUCAUUGAUUCAGAACACACAGGAGAUGGAAGAGACCUUGGAUGAUCUGAAUGUCACUCUGAAAAACACCCAGAUCCGCAUGGACAGGGAGGUCAACCUGCUGAAGCAGUGGAUCACCACCAUGAUGAUAUCAAUCUCCAAGGAGGAGGAGUCAGCAGCAGAGCUGCAGCUCAAAGCCCGUGUCUUCCACUUCGGGGAGUAUAAGGGUGACCAGCAGGACAAGCUGCUGGAGAGCCUUAACCUCAAGGUGAUGGAUGUGUACCGGAAAUGUGUGGGCACACACCAGGAGGCCAACCUGGGCACAGUGCAGAUGCUGACUGUGGUGGAGCACCAGCUGGAUGAGCUGCUAGAGAAUCUGGAGCGAAUACCCCAGGUCAAGAUCGAACAGGCAGAGAAGGCCAAGGAGAGGGAGCGGCGCCUGAGGAUGCGUGAAGAGAAGGCCAGGCUGCAGAAGGAGCUGCAGGAGGAGCGGCUGCAGCGGGCCCGAGCCAGGGCCCAAGCUGAAAUCAAAAAGAAGAGAGGCAGGAGAUUGGUAAGCCGCUCCCGUCCACCAGUCAUCAAAAUAAAGGAGGUAUCUGAGCAAAUGACGAUGGACAAGGACAAGGAGGAGAUGCUCUUCUUCUUCACUUAGCAGCAGAGCUGGCUGAGGGCUCAGGAAGAGGUCAGUAGUUAGUGAAGGCAGGAACUGUGAGCCUGAUGGGUCCCUAACUCCAUCUUAUGCUCUCCUGUCAGCCUCCUUAC